AUUUUCUCAUCUGCAUUGAGAUGUGUUUGGCCGCUAUAGCACAUCAUUACAGUUUUUCAUUCCAACCAUACAUAAGGCCAGGCACUAGACAACAAUCAUGUUGCAGUGCGUUUUUGGCAAUGUGGGAUAUAUCAGACGUGCACAGAGACAUUCAGGAACAUAUUGGUAUAGUUCGUUCCUCGAUCAGUCGCCGAAUUAGGGGAAGGAGUAUGUACAGCAUACCUAGAGGAACCGACGAAUUUUCCAACUUGGUAUCGCCCAGAGGAGGACAGAGUGUUCCGGCAAGUUUUUAUCAAAGCGAAUACGAUGACUUUGUAGUGAACUAUGGUACCGUCACUUCUAGUCAGCCUGUUCAGAUUCAUAACACGGACCCAGGUCCGAAACCGAUUUGAGACUAUAUCACGUAAUUUUUUACAUUUAUGUUUAUAUAUUAUACCAUUUAUUAAGUUAAAUAUUAAUUAUUAGAACAAUCCAAAUAUAGACUGGUCGUUAUUUCAAAUACGUAAUUAGAGAAUUAUACAUAUGUUUAUAUACAGGGUUUCUACGAUGUUCUCUAUGGGUAUCUCGGAAUCUACUGGAGAUAGUGAGUUGGUUAAAUGGGGAAAGAAAUGCAGU